CUAAUACCAAUCAAAAUGUUGCAAAACACACGGGCAUCUUCUCCGGUGAGGUUUAUAUGGAGGUACCCCAUUAGGACACAAUUCUCGUACUAGCGAACCAUUACUUCCACCCCUUGUGCUCGAACACAUUGGCACACUCAUGAAGGCGGACAGAUGAUACGGGUACUAUCUGGUUCAGGCGAUAAAUGCCAAGAUACGCGCGUCCGAUCAAAGCUGGUGAUAUGAUCUGGGCUCCUGCGGGGACGGCGCACUGGGACGGCGCUGAUGAUGGCUCUAUCAUGACGUGCUUUGUCAUCGGUCUAGAAGCAAGCACUCAUCGAUUUAUACCACAGGUACCGCUACAAGUGAGACUUGGUAUGGCUUAA